UGACUUCCACCGACUGGCCACGUUGCSUGCAGGUUAAACGAUAGAACAAAUGAUCAUUUUCUUGGACUUUGCCAACGGAAAACUACUGCAAAAAGAUUUUAGGACAACAGAAGACUUCGUAAAGAUAGCUUUGAAGUGUUUUCCUCAGGUUUUGAAAUCAGUGGAGCUUGGAAAUUUGUGACCAAAAACUGGGAACCAUCAUCUGCAUCAACAUGGCGUGCAAUUCCAUAGGAGUUGUUGGUUUUCUUGUUGUAUUGAUUGCUGUCUUGACAGGAUUUUAUUACAGAAACAUUGUAAAUAAUGAACGUCAUCUUAGGUCCAUCUUGAAUGGCAUGCUGUCAUUGGAGAGGAAAGUCAAAGUGACGAACUCUCCAGUUGCAGCUGUGGCUUUUGAAGCUACCCUGGAUAUCUUUGUUGAGUCUUUGGAUCUUCUCAAGUCUCUUGGCAUUGAUCCACCUCAAAGAGCUUACCCACAUGAAGUUAUAGACAGCGAAAUGGCUUUAGCUGAGACUUUUGCGUAUUUUUUUGAGCACAGUGUCGCCUCUUCUCGAUACGUGUCAAAUAAAGACUUGUUCAGAAAAAUAGUUGAGAAAGCCAAUCACUUACAACAUACAAAGAUGAUUGUUGGUGGGACAGCAACCUGCUUCGCGAAACGUCUUGCAUUAAAUGGAUGGAAGACACACCUUACGGUACCCAUGACAGAGUCUACAAGGAAGUUUGUGCCGUCUAGUAUUGAUAUUGUAGGUGAAAUACCUAAAGAAGAUGACAUUCACAUGAUCUUUGAAUUCCCCGGAUUUGAACACUGGGGCGACAAGUUUGUUUCCCAACGUUCUAAUCGAAUGGUAUUACACACCGAUGUUAAUAAUCCAUAUYUAAAGUCAUUGGAUACUUUAAAGCAAGUGUCCAAGACAGAAAAUCCUGCACUAGUUGUGAUUGGUGGUCUACACAUGAUGGACAGCUUUCCUUAUAAGGAGGGUGAAAGAGCACAGCGACUUGGUGAGCUGGCUAACUUAUUUAAAGAAUUGCCUUUCAAGAGCAUGGUCCAUUUUGAAAUGGGUGUUUUCCAUGAGCAUGCUCUUUUUGUAGAUUUAUUGAAGUAUGUUUUUCCAUAUUCAGACUCUAUUGGUAUGAAUGAGCAAGAUCUGCCCAAUCUUCUGAGCAUGCUCAAAUAUGACAACAUCACCAAAGUUGCUACCCAGAAGCCUCGUGUUGCUGUCAUAUUAGAUCAGAUGCGACAGGUGUAUAAGAUACUGCGCAGCAAGCCUGCAAGUAAUGCGAAAAGAAGAGUCACAAGACUUCACUUGCAUACACUUGCAUUCCAAGUUAUGAUGACGACAAGAGAGUCUCCAUGGACUAACUCACUGGUUGCUACAGCCAAGGCUUCACUGACUGCAACACGACAUGUCUGUGGGUCCAAUUUUAUUCACACAAACAAAUCCAGGGUGAUUAUGGAUGAUUCUUUCUCAAUCAGCUCUCUGCCUGGAAGUGACCGGGUGCCAUUCAAUGCUGAAAGACCAGUUUCUUGUUGGUCUGAAGAUGAUUACCAAUUCUGUGUUACACCAGUGCUUGUUUGUACUGAGAUUGUUCACACUGCCGGAGGAGGUGAUAACAUAUCAGCUGGUGGAUUGUCUGUGCAAGCAAAAUAGACAGUAACAUUUCGAUGACAAAUCAUAAUUUUAAUUAAAAGCACUAUCAGUUUUUUUAAAACAAAACAGAUUAAUCUAGAGAAGUUAUCCUUCAGCAGCAUGUUAGUAGGAGUAAUAAUAUGGCAAAUGCGGCCCUGCUGUUAGAAUGGUAAAUACUUAACUUAAUAUGAAGUYGAGCUUUCGCUGUUCCACAGCAUCAUCAGGACUCUGAUGAUGUGUCCUGAUGAUGCUGUGUAACAACAAAAGCUCAACUUCAUAUUAAGUAACAAUGCGCACAAAAAGCAGGCAACUUUCUAUUGUUCUGCGACAAUUGCAACUUCCGCACAUACRAAUGUCUUGGUUUUGASACUGAUUAUAUAUCAACCUAUGGGUAACAGAUUUUUAAAAUAAAAUGAGAAUAAACUGUUUUGAAACAAAGUUUCAU